AUCGCUAAUAAUAUUUGGUAAUAGACUUCGCUGGAGGAAGAUUAUCUUUGGACAAUUAACGUUACUUCAAAAUCUCAACGUUAUCAUGUUGCUUCAGAAGACGGGAAAUAAUUUCGUAUGGAUUAUUUUUAUAAGAUUUUGGAAAUGAGGAUCCACUGCGUUUGAAACAUGUAAGUUACGUUACGUGGGUGAGAAAAUAAUUGGCAACAUCCAGCAUUUCUUUAAAACUGUACCAUUAAGGCAGCUGGACGCGUUGGAGCAACAGUUAUUUGAGGUGCAAUUGCUUACCUUGUGCUAUCACGGCCUUUGAACUAAUAUAAAAUGAGUACCUGCCUGUAUGCAAUUAAAUAGUAUUUUAGAUUGUUAAUAUGCAUGACUUGGGUGGUGCCUAUUGCCGCAUUGACCAAUAGUAUUUCGACUCUCCAGCACGUCAUGUCGUUACUGUCGAUGACGUGCUGCGCUUGCGGAACAGGGUUCAGCGUCCUUUCUGCAGCUGCAGCAGCUAGGAUUUGAAACCAAAAUUAUAGGUUAACAGCCAUAUAUUUAAUCUUUUAUGCAGUAAUAACCUCUUGAAUGUAUUGGAGAUGUCUGCGACUGACUGGUACGCGCAUAAGUCGCUGGAAAAUGGCAUGUUUUGGAUCCAGGAGCGGUUUUAUGAAUCGGGGAACAGGGCGAAUAUCUGGCUCAUACGCGGGUCCCAUCAGGACGUGGUCAUAGAUACCGGACUGGGUUUACGGAGUCUGCCCGAAUACAUCAAUAGUAAAGGGCUGCUAGGGGACGAUUCAAAGCGCAAGAACCCGCUUUUAGCUAUUGGCACGCAUGUGCAUUUUGAUCAUUCGGGUGGGCUGCAUCAGUUUCAACAGGUGGGCGUGCACAAGGCGGAGGUGGAUGCUCUGGCUAAUGGGGACAACUUCGAGACAGUGACGUGGUUAUCUGACCGCGAGAUCGUGGAGGAUCCAUCGCCUGGAUGGCGAGCAAGACAGUACAGAGUCAAGGCGGUCACACCAACACAUAUAUUACAAGAAGGCGACGUUAUCAACCUUGGAGACCGACAGCUUACUGUUCUCCACAUGCCGGGCCAUUCCAGAGGCAGCAUUUGUCUCCAUGACAAGGAGAACAAAAUUCUGUUCAGUGGAGACGUGGUCUAUGAUGGAUCCAUGAUUGAUUGGCUUCCCUACAGCCGGAUAAACGAUUACAUUCGUAGCUGCGAAAGGCUGGUUAAGAUGGUCGAUAAAGAGGAGAUUGACCAGGUCAUGCCUGGCCAUUAUAACACUUUUGGGAGCAAGCGUCUACACCGGUUAGCCUCCAACUACAUCGCUAGUGCCGGCGCCUGCCACAGAGCCUCCACCUGCUUGGUGAAGUCCUUAGCCAGCCUGGCACUUCGAGCCUCCAACUCGAGAAGUGCCUGCUAGUAGUGAUGGAAAGGACUACUAUGCAACAACAUGUCAUUGCAGACCUCAAUAUAUGAAAACACUGAGCAAUACAGUGUGCUAAUGAUAUACAGGAUACAAUUUGAUAAUAUUAUUUGUGAUCAAGGAUUAAAAUAAUGAAAAAAAGCUGCAUAAUAUCCAUCAAAGCAUCAAGAAGAAUAGUAAACAUUGUCAUGUUUUAAAGGUGCUGUUUGUAAUUUUCAACAAUAAUGUGUAGAGAUAUCUAAAGGACUAAAAUAAAUAAAUAAAUAACUAGUUAAUAACCAAGUUAAGUGCAAAUCCAGCACCACGGCCCGUUUCAUUGGUCAACUCAAUCAGACAGACUUUACUGAUGCAAUUUAGAGUAAAAAAAAAAAAAAGAUCAUGUAUUGGUGCAGUUUAGAUUGUGACAAAGUUAAUUAAUAAUAUAUUAUAAUAAUACAUUAUAAUGAUAUUAUUAUUAUUAUUAUUAUUAUUAUUAUUAUUUUAUUUAUAACUCGUUUGGGAAAAAAAAAAAAAAAAAUAUAUAUAUAUAUAUAUAUAUAUAUAUGUAAUGGUUUUGGACUCCACAUUCCAGGAUCAAAUGUUUGUAGAAACUUCUUAUUUCGACUCCGUAUUGUUUUUUUAAUUCCAUUUUGGUCACUAAUGAUGUGGAAAUUACACACUGCACCUUUCAUAAAGAUUAUCAUCAUACAAAGGUUUCCACAGGUAAAUAUUUGGUAUGUCUAGAGAUAAAUAAAUAAAAAAUCCCUCGUAAAACACAUUGUAGCAGACAUAAUCUUCCAGUCACCUCUUACCGUAAUCUGAUCUGUUUCAGAUGAAUUGGCUUUGAAGAGAAAGCGAUGUAUUGAAAAAAAAAAUGGGAGACAAGAUAUAUUAGUAGCCAACUGUUGACUUGUUCUCUAUGGCAGUAUCUGCAUGAGAUAUUGAUGUAGCACAGCAUGGAUCCAGCGUCAUUCUAUUAUUCUGUAGGCUCACAGUGAACUGUGUUGUGUGUGUGUGACCGAAGUGCGUUUUCUAGAGUACAAACAAAAUCAUGAUCUUUCAGCGGCAGUCAUAUUAGUCCAGAAAACUGACUAGCCUUUACUGAAAGAUGCUGAACAAUGAUUUUUGUUUGGUUUAGUUUCAUAACACUGCCUCCAUACUAGUAGUUCUCUUUGCUACGUACUUCUUUGCAAACUGCACAAUGACUUUGAUUCAUUUGUAUUAGUAAUUUUUAUAUUGAAGCACAUAAGUCAACGUGGGUGACCGUAGGUAGUUCGUGAAAGCCAAAUGUUGUUUUUCCCUCUCAAUAAUUCACUGCCUUAGUUUAAUCUGACAAUAAUUCAAAGGGCCUCCUCUUUAGUGUUCAAAAACAUCUUUUGUGAGUUUAUGAAAGGAAAUGAUGUAUAAAAUGAGAUGAUGGUGGAGCUGUGAGAAUGGCUAACAUCAAGUCACUCAUUUAAGUUGCCAAACUACAAAUAUGCUGCUUGACAUUUUUUAUGUAAUUUUCAUAAUGCUGACGUGUUUGUGUGAAUGUGAUGGGUAGCGAUAUAAUAUAUCUAUUCUGAAUCUACAGUUGAAGUGAGCAUGUACAGUAUUUGUGCACUAUGUUUCUGCUCAGGGAUCCCUUGAAUCCAGGCAAAAUGAGCAGAACUAACGCUAUAUUUAGUGCAUCUUGGAGAGUAAACAAACUAAUAUCUCACAAUGCCUUGAUAACAACUGUUUUAAUGCCCAGGCACCUGUUUAACAAUAUACUCACUUUCAAUUCUGUA